AUGCCUCACUCUCGGCGAUACCCGUCGUCAGAGCGGAGCCGCAGCAGGAAUCAUCAUGUUCGGUAUGAACGGAGCCGGCGAAGACGCCGCACGCGCAGCCGCUCCACGUCGUCCAGCAGCCAGCGGGACAGAAGCAGGAGACGGCAGCGAGACAGACGCCGGAGAGACGGCAGUUACCAGCGCUCCAGGAGCUAUGAGAAGCCCUCCGUCGAGCACAGACUGAGCAGCAGGCGUUACUGUCGCGGCGAGCGGGAGGAGUUUGUCGCAGACGGCUUCUUCCGACACACGGACUUCGCCCGUCGCUCUCACGACUACCGACAGGAGCGGGAUGCUGGAGCAGAGGAGAGGAGCAGCCGACGCACACGCAGACACCGCCGAACGAGAACUCGAUCCAGAACACGCUCGUACAGUCAGAGCCGGUCCUUAUCAUCCCAGAGUAGCAGUCGUGUGCGCGCGUGGGCCAUUAAAGAUGACGAGGAGGGUCAUCUGAUCUAUCGGCCAGGCGAUGUGCUGCAGGACAGAUAUGAGAUCGUGGGAACGCUCGGAGAGGGAACCUUUGGGAAAGUGGUGGAGUGUAUCGAUCAUCACAGGGGACGCUCUCACAUCGCUCUGAAGAUCAUUAAGAACGUGGAGAAAUACAAAGAAGCAGCUCGUCUGGAGAUCAACGUUCUGGAGAAAAUCAACCAGAAAGAUCCAGAAAACAAGAAUCUGUGUGUGCAGAUGUUGGACUGGUUCGACUAUCAUGGUCACAUGUGCAUCAGCUUUGAGCUGUUAGCUCUCAGUACCUUUGACUUCAUGAAAGAGAAUAAUUACCUGCCCUACUCCAUCAGUCAGGUCAGACACAUGGCCUACCAGAUCUGCCUCGCCGUCAAGUUUCUCCAUGACAACAAGCUGACACACACAGACCUCAAGCCUGAGAACAUCCUGUUUGUGAAAUCUGAUUAUACCGUCAUCUAUAACCCAGAGAAGAAGCGAGACGAGCGCUCCGUCAACAGCACUGCUGUGAAACUGGUGGACUUUGGCAGCGCCACGUUCGAUCACGAGCAUCACAGCACCAUCGUUUCCACCCGACACUACAGAGCGCCGGAGGUGAUUCUGGAGCUGGGCUGGAGUCAGCCGUGUGACGUCUGGAGUAUUGGCUGCAUUCUGUUUGAGUUCUACCGCGGCUACACACUCUACCAGACUCAUGAUAACAGGGAGCAUCUGGCCAUGAUGGAGCGAGUACAUGGACCAGUUCCUUCAAGAAUGAUUCGUAAAACGAGGAAGCAGAAAUACUUCUACAGAGGCCGACUGGACUGGGACGAGAACACGUCAGCAGGACGGUACGUCAGGGAGAACUGUAGACCUCUGAGAAGGUACGUGUUGUGCGAGUCAGAGGAGCAUCAUCUCUUCUUUGAUUUGUUGGAGGGCUUGUUGGAAUAUGAGCCGGAUCGGCGUUUGUCUCUCUCCGCUGCACUGCGUCAUCCUUUCUUCAGUCCCGUCCGAGAUGCUGAACACUUCAGUGGCUCCCGUAACAUCAGCCGGUGACCUCUGACCUCUGCCUCUCCUUCAACCCGUGCUUCCAAGUCUGUCCUUUCCACUGGACCGGAUCUGACUGUAUGGAGGACGUCUCUGUUUCUGAGCCGACGGUUCUGCUGAUUCGGUGGAAACGCCCACAGGAGUACAGUGAUGGACAGGUUGGUCAUCCAGUCACUUAUGAUUAUGUCACGAUGAAGAGACUGCUAGUGGUUGGGUGAGUUCUCUGCUCACUGCUGGUUGGUGGAGUUGAGCACAGAGCGACAGCCAGUAGAAUUAAACUGACACCUUCACAAGCGCCCUGAUUGGUCAGCCUUCGUUUGACGGACAGCUUCAAGGGGGCAGGACGUCUUAAUAUUGUUUUCAGGUGCCUAGGACUUCAGAUAUUGCACAUGUCGUGCUUCUCGGCAGACAAACACAGUUUUUCAGUAUUUAUUUUAUGAAUUUUGUUGUUUUGUAUGAGAUGAAUAUCAUUGUAUAAUACAGUACAUGUUCUCUAUAAUAAAAUGUGCUUCAUAUCA